AUGGCCCACAUCCCACAGGCAGUUGUGAUAGUCAGAGGGCCCCACAACGCAUCUGAGCCCAAUCAUGAAUCCGAACUCCAACGACAACUACAGUCCAUCUCCAGCAACGUGACGCAUCUGCUCAUCGACGAAGAUACUCCAUCAGACACCGAAUGGACUUUACUCGGGGCGCAUUUCCACAACGUGGAAGAUCUACAGCUGGAGAGUGGGUUUAAUGAAGAGCUCAAUGACAAAGCCAUCCCUCUUCACUGGCCCUUGAAAAAGCUUCAGCUAAAUUCUGCAUGUGGUGCUUUAGUUCAAAGCCCAUUUGUUCGCCAAGGACUAGUUCAUCACCUGAACCUCUACUUCACCUGUAACCUUCGAUUCGAGGGUCCAACAAACGAUGAGCUGUAUGACACAAACCGAGAAGCCAUUUCCCGUGGGAAGAAACAGCAGAAUCUUGGCCCAGAUCGGAAAAUCGAAAUCACCUACCUUCCCGAGCUGGUCUGUGAAUCCAUGAGCAAGGUGUACUCCGAUCCUGAUCGCAGGCUAGACCCAGAAAAUGAACCACCUACCGGCGCUAUCAAUCUCCAGUCCCUUGAGAUUUGGGAGAACGACGCGCUAGAUACUUUCAUUCGAAUGUAUGGUGCACUUCCUCAUUUGGUUGACAACCUUCACACCUUGCGACUUCGGUCCACCAGCGGCCUGGAUUUUUCUUUAACCGGGGAGGAGACACUUCGUCAGAUUCUACCUGCCUUGGAAAAUCUCAAGGUCUUGAACUUGACCGUGGGAUAUGUAUUUGAGGAUCCCUUAUACCUUCCCACGCUUCACAAGGUACUCCCUCCCAACAUAACAGCCUUGUACUUUCGUGGCCCAACCUCGCUCGCCAAGUCAGACCACUGGGCCGACUGGCUGCGAGCGUUUGAGUCUGCGGAGUUUCUUCCGCAUCUGCAGAAUCUUGCUUUCGUCUUAGAUCUGCACUACGAUGAUAAGCAGGCCAGGUAUGGUCGACGUGAAAUUGAACCGCCGUUGGAUUCACUUCAUUAUGCACGCCGAGAGUGCCAGUCACUUUACGACAUUGCGAGCAAACGUGGGAUCCAGUUGGAAGCUAUGCCAAAGGAGCCCGACUUUCAACUUCUAAGACCGGUGGACCCUCGAUGGUGA